CGGGGAGGGACAACGGUUGGACACAGUGGUGAAGAGUCAGCUUGAUUCUGGGUCCCAUCACUCAACAGCUUUGUGGCCUCGGGCAAACUCCAGAUCUAAAUGUCCAGCUGCCUACUGGACGUCUCCACCUGAGUGUCCCACCUGCACCUCACACUCGACGUGUCCAAGAUUGAGGAUCUGAACCAGGAUAAUGGUGAGGGUGGAGAUGAAGAGAUGUGGAUGGACUGGAGAAAUCUCUAGAAGAAUAAGUCUCGCUUUCUUCCUCGAACUUGGCGAACAUGGAAGGAUCUGAUCCCCAGAGAGGAGGCCACCGGGAGCCCCGGGGAGGAGCCCAUGGAGGAGCUGCUGGGCCUGGUCUGCAGCCCCCACUCACCCUGGGCUGCACUAGAGGGCUCCAGUGCAGAGGACCGUUUUCUGAGACAACUGGCCAUCCAGAAUCCCCUGAUGCUCAAAGACACCUUCUUCUACUCCUAUUUCAGGUCCCUCCAGGUGGUGGACAAGCAGGUGAGCCUGGUGGAUAAAGACCUCCUGAAAUUUUCAAAGCUUGAAGAGUUGGUACUGAGUGCUAAUCAAAUCAAGGAGAUUGACGCCAUCAAUCUGCCCCCAACUCUCAAGGUGUUGGAACUCUACGGCAACAGCAUCAGCAGCAUGGAGUGUCUGUGCGUGCGCCCGCCCCCCUGCCUUCAGCACUUGGGGUUAGGGCAGAACAAGCUCCUGGGCCCCUCGCAGAGUCUGUACCUCACCGCCCGACACUGGCCCCACCUUGUCUCUCUGGACCUGGGCUUCAAUGACCUAACAGACCUGCAGAGAAUGAUGAGCAACCUCAGCACUCUACAGCACCUGAGGCUGCUGGUGCUACAGGGGAACCCGCUGGCCCUGGUCCCCUAUUACCGGGGCUUCACCAUCGAUAGCCUGGCCCGGCUCUGCGCGCUCGACGACAUCACUGUGUCUCCCAGUGAGAACCAUCAGUUCCGGGGGCUCAGCCACAGUGGGGGCUCUUUGGCACCCGAGGCACAGUUUGUGGUGACGAUUGGAAAUGUCAGAGGGAUUCUGGACACCUCGGUCUUGGACCCAGAACAAGGGCCGCAAGGCCCUUUUAUCACCUACAGCUAUUAUGUGACCUACGACUUUGUGGAAGACGAGGAAGAUGAAGGGAACGUAUACGAAGGCGUGCUGGCUGAGAUCGUCAAGCCCACUCCCAGCGUGGAGCAGUUAGGCGACGAGAUCCCCGCAGAGGUCAUCACGGAAGAGGCUGUGGACCGCGUGGAGUCGGUGCCCACGACGACGUCCCGGUCGGCAGACAUGGAGGAGUCCGUGGCCUCGGGCGAGUCAAUGCCCCUGCCGAGGUCUGCAGAGGAGCUGGCCAAGCUGCGGCCGCGCAUCAAUCCCCUGCUCUGCCCGUCCCCAGGGACCGUCCUCUUCAGCACUGUCCGCAAGCCCUGGGCUGACGUCAUCCACUGCAACUACGAGAUGCAGCACACGCUCAGGGACCUGGUGCCACUCAAGGCCUUCCUGCUGGCGGGGACCACCGUGACCAUCGUGGAGGAGAAGAUUCUCUCCUGGCCUGUAGGGCCACCUCCCUUCGACAGUCCUUUGUCGAAAGGAAAAGGGGAGAAAAACAAGAAAGAGAAAGGCAAGAAGGGGAAAGAUGGGAACAGCAAGGCAGCAGCGAAACGGGAGAAAGAGACGACUAAGGAACAAAAGGGGUCCAAGAAGAAGAGAGAACUUCCUAAGGAACUCCGCCAGGACCCACCCAUCCUGCGGGUGCUGGGCAGCGGCCUGGUGGCCCUGGAGCCCCUACUGAUGGGGGAGCCACUUGUGUCCACUGUGUGCAACUUUGGGGUGAUCCGCACCAUGGAAUCCGACAGGCUGACAUUUUUCAGGGAUUCAAAGACUAAGAAAGCUAAAAAAGUUGGGGAGACUAGGAAGUCCAAGACCACGUUUUCAGCAGUGUCAGAGUACGAAAGCCACUACCAGCCGGAGCCCCUGACGGUGGAGGUCCAGAUCCAGCUGAAGCAGUGCCGCUCGGCCGAGGAGGCGCUCCAGGUGCUCGCCAUGUAGCGCACGCAUUAA